AAAGAAUUUACUAGAAUUUUAUCAAGUAUAUGUAUCAAUUACUUUAUUAUUUUCAGCAUAUUAGAUAUUACGACUCGGAGUAGUCGGAGUGUUAUAGUAUAGGUUAAGAUAAACAUCUUUAGAAAUUUGAAAUGAUAGCUGAAACGACUUAGUAGAGAGAGAGAGAGAGAGAUUUCAGUCAUGGUAGACUUUUCAGUCAUGGGAUCCAAUCAUGAUCAAACGUUUUUACACGUACUUCGUGAAGAAAAAAACAUCAAUAAUUUUUUGGAUUCUUUUUUUGGAUUUUUACAUAGGUGCACAGACUUUUAUGUCGAAUCGAACUCUGAGCAAAAAUUAGGCUUCCCACCAGGAAUAGCAGAGAAACUUGUAUUAAAUACCAUGUACAAGUGGAGAAAUGCUACAUCUUUACAAAAAACAGGAUUUCCUGUAAUUGAUAAUACAAACAGCAGCAGUAGUAUGUCAAAUCAAUUAAUUCUGACACAAAAUGAGAAUUGUAAACUUAUACCACCAGUGGCGCAGGAAAUUGAAAUUGAUUCAUGUAAUGAAGCCAAUAAUAUUAAACCAUUUUCUGUACAAUCUAAUACAAACCAUAUAUCAGACAGUUACAACGGAGCUAUAAGGGAAAAUUAUACUUGGACCCAGACUCUCAAUGAUUUGGAUGUAAUUAUAAAAAUACCAAAACAUAUAAAAGCAUCCAAAGGUACAAUUAAAGUUGACAUAAGCUCAAAUGAAAUUAAGAUUGAUGGAAAGCCUUCUGUUCCAUCAGCAAAUUCUGAAUGGGAGAACAUUUUCAAUGGCAAAUUUAGUUUUAAAAUUCGAAGAGAAGAAUCUAUAUGGAGCAUUGAAGCUGGGAAACAAAUUAGUAUUCAUCUUGAAAAAGCUAUGGAAAGAUGGUGGGAAGCCUUAAUUGUUGAUGAACCGAAAAUUGACUUAAAUAAGAUUGACUGUUCGAAACAUUUUGACGAUAUGGCACCAGAAGAACAAAUGAAAGUGCAAGAAUUAAUGUGGAAUCAGCAACAGAAAAUCUUAGGCAAACCAACAUCUGAACAAAUUAAGAUGGAGGCUACCUUGAAACAGGCAUGGAAUGCGAAGGGAUCACCUUUUCUGGGUACGCCUUAUGAUCCUUCCAUUUUAAAAUAUAAUUGAUAUAUUUUAAUAUAUUUUCUAAAAUUUUACAAUGUUU